CCCCCCCUCGCCCCCCCUCACCCGGUCAGUCUAGAAGGACAAACAAAGCACUAUUGGUGUCCUCUGCAAGAGAGCACUGAUAGGGGCUGGCUGUAAAUUGACGUGGCAUGGAAAAUCUCUGCUAGUUUGGAGCAGCUCUAAUGUUGCUGCGAAAUCAAGCCUACUCUUAAACAAGUUUAUAGCUUGAAAUCAUCACGAGCUUACUGUUCURUAUUAAAAAUGAAUGGAAAGUACCUUUGCUUUUUGGUCUGGGAACUGGACUUUUUCUCUACUUGGAUUUACAGCUAAUAGAAAAAAAAAAAAUCAAGGGGAAUUACUUGGUUACUUUUUUUGUCCUGUAGUAAGAACRACAGAUCUUGCUGCUCCCCCCACCUUUUCCUGCGACUUAAUCAUUUGCAGAUCUUGCCAUGGGGUGCGGACUGAGAAAGCUGGAAGACCCAGAUGAUAGCAGCCCUGGAAAAAUCUUUUCUACACUGAAGAGACCACAAGUUGAAACAAAGAUGGAUUCUGCUUAUGAAUAUGUAUUGCUGGAUUUUACUUUAGAAGCUUCCUCAAAUCCAGAAGUUAUCAAGAUUAGUUCUGUGUUGGAUAUAGCAUCUCGGGUGGAAGAAUAUUACAGCAAAGGCUAUGUUGUGGGAGCUGUUCAUCCCAUUMUGCUGCCAGUUGGACGGAGAAGGAAUUUCCCUGCAAGUCACAUGUAUCGAGUGGUACUGUCCAGAUUAAAAUUAAGCCAGAAGCAUGCAGCACCCAGAGGACAAAGGCACCCCAGGCUGGUGAUUGAGGAAUGUCCUUUAACAUAUGAAACACUGACAAAUGAAGUAGUGAAAGAACUGCUAGAAAAGGUUAAUGAAGCUGCUAAAAGAGGAAAGAAGUUUGUGGGAUUUGUAACACAACAUUUUCCUCAGCCUAAAGCCUGUAAUGGAACAAGUGCAGAUGGAAGUGCAGAGCUGGAAUCAACACUGGGCAGAAGAAAUAGGGAACACAGAAGAGAAAACUUUGAUGAAAACUAUAAAAACUGGAAUGAAGGAACAUUGAGCGGUCACUCAUCUGAGAGUGGGAUAGAGGAGGAAAUGCAUGGAGAAAGCAGACUGUUAGAGGAUUCAGAUUUCCAGUUUGGAAAAGAUGUCAGCCUUCCUAAACCACGAAAAGGAGAUGGUAAUAAAUACAAGCURUAUACAGUCUUCAAYGUUUUUGAUGAUGAUUCUACCUGCUGGAGCUACCACGAAGGUGUUUUGUCUAUGAAAGUAACAAGAAAGGGGCCAGUUGUUASUACACUGGAAGCAGACUGGCUAGAAUUAACUUCAUUUUAUUAUAAACAAGGAUUGUCCUUAGUUGAUUCUUUUGUGCACUGGGAAACUUCUAAAGGGGAUUAUUUGCCCAAAUCUUUAGAAGGAUUAUUUAUCUAUGAAGAAGAAGGUGCUGGGGUUCCAGGUUCUAACAGGAAAGGAAAUGAUGCAAUAGUUGUUGAACAAUGGACAGUCAUUGAGGGGUGUGAAAUUAAAACAGAUUAUGGACCUCUGUUGCACACGCUGGCUGAGUUUGGAUGGCUCCUGACCUGUGUCCUGCCUACACCAAUUGUACGACAUGACAGUGAAGGAAAUCUGGCCACAAAGCAAGUAAUUUUUCUUCAGAGACCUGUUAUGUGGAGUUCUGCUGUCCAGACACCAGAGAGGAAAUCCUUAAGACAAGUGACUGGGGAGGAAAAAGGCAAAGUGUCCAGCAGAAGUGUUGGAUCAGACACAGCKACUUCUUGCCCUGUACAAACUGGACAACCACCUCAUGAGUUUCACCURUCUCCUUCUAAACAAUGUUGGAUCAAGGAGGGAUCUUCCCAUUAUGGAGGCUUUCCAGGAUUCAGUAGCAGUGAUGGAGUAUUAAGGGAACUGGAUGAUGGACAAUUUGACCAGGAAGAUGGAGUCACUCAGGUCACAUGCAUGUGAUAAAGUAAGUAACUGCAUCAAAUGGACAUGUACAUAAAUCACAUAAAUGGAUUUUUUUUUUAAAUUACACUACUUUGAAUGCAUUGGUAUAAUCCUAUGACUUUUGAGAAACUYCCUUUGUGUUUUUGUCAUUUUCCUUGUUGUGUUAAUCCUACUGUAGUAAUAAUACUACUGCAAAAUAAUUUUUCUGUCUUUAAUAGUUAUAACUAUAUGACUUGGGUGCUCUGCUAACUUGUUAAUGCUUUUGAUAAGCAAGGAAGCAAAAGCUGCAAAACAGUGACAGUUUGGAUUGUGUGAGAGAGAAAGGAAUGAGGAUGUUUAGAAUUUUCCACAAGCUGGAGGAAUGUUUUUGAGCUUGGUUGUUUUGCUGUUCAGAUUUUUUUUAAGGAUGUUGUAAAUAUUGGUGGGAAAAAAUUAACUGUCUGGCUGUUGUUAAGUUUUAAUGUAAUUUUCACUUUAUUUGCCUUGUAUAAGUUCAGAAGCCUUGAGAAAUUUUAAGUGUUACACUAGAGAGUUAAUAAUUUGAGCUAUUAUUAUUCAGGCUUGGUAUGGACAGAUAAUCUCAGGAGGCUGUAGGCAGAUGCUCCUGGAAUACAGCUUCACCUGUGCAGUUUUUACAGGGUUCCUUGUACAUGUAAGCCAGGAGCUUAUGGCUUGUAUUAUAAUGAUGUGUUCAUAGUACUCUUGUGAGUGGAAAUCAAGAGCUGCUCAUCCCCCAAAAGGUCACUUGCAGUCUGUGAACAAGGAGUUUGAGAAGCUCCCUAAGAAGCACAAUGAUGCWGCUAAUGCAUAGGAGGGGGAUGUAGACUAAACUUCAUAGGCAAUAUUAGAUCGAUGUAUAUAUAAAAAUGGCUCAGCUAAAUGUAUCUCACACUGGAUAAAGUGUAUUGAGCUGCAUCAAAUACCAGACAUGAUAUUGGGAGGAAAGGAUCCAGUUGCUGUGCUUUCAUCCUUACUGUGGGGAGGAGCUGCUUGCAUUAAUGCUGGCAAGGUUCUUUGGGGGAGAGGAACACACAGCAAUUGCUUUUAUUUAUUGCUGUCUGGAAACUGUAUUUUGAAGGGGAGAGGCUGAAUAAAAAUGCRUCUCCAGAAGGUAAUUGUAAAUACAAUUUUUUUGCAUUUAGUUUUAGAAGCAAAAAAAAAAAAUACAAAUGCUUAUCCAUCUUUAAGCUAGUGCAAAAUAAUUGAGUCAAAAUGAGAAGUCAGAACAGAACUGAGCAAAUGUAUUCAUAACUCUAUUUGUCAAUGUUUGCAGUACAGCUCAUGCAUCAUCCAGGGAUUUUGAUGCCUGUCUUUGUUGUGCUGCAAACAUGGAGAGAUGUUAUGAAUCAUUUACUUACAACACCCUGUUCCCCAUGGAUGGCAUCCCACCAGCUACUGUGGGACUCUGCCUAAUCCACAGUGGGAGAUACUGGCACUAAAUGGAGUGGACAGAUUGAUGCAGGGACAGGAGCACCAACAAUUAACUCCAGAUAAGCACCCCAGGAUAUGACCAGGAUAAUGGAGGUUCAACUGCAGUCUCAGAGCUGUGCAGAAAGAGCAUGAGCAGCAGCUGCUUAUUGCAGUAAGCAAAACUAACUCAUGCAGGAAARAAGUUUAUAGGGCAGGGGGUAGGAGGAAAACCCAUUCUACUGACUKGAUUAUCAUAGGGGGAGCUUGAAAUAAUACUGCUUUGGAGCUGCUUCCUGAUUUGCCUAUGAAAUUCUUACAGGCAGGCUUAUUUUUUUUUCUUUAGAAGAGCAACUCU